ACGCUGCUGUGAAAAUAAAUGUUCGAUAUCUCUUACGUUUUUGAUUAUCGGUAAUGUUCGAUUACUAUCACUGUUACCCGUGUGUACUAUUGGCAUUCGAUCAUCAGAAGAGUAAUGUGUUUAAUACCAUGUGAUUGCAAUGUUCUAUAUAAAAGUUUGUAAAGUUUUACAAUAUCACUGAUUAGAAUGUACUUGAUUAGUCUAAUCUUACGGACAUAUGUUUCAAUGCUGAGCAAUGGCUAACUUCACAACAUCAAAUACAACUGCACCGAAAGCUUGCCAUGCUUGGAUUAAAGAUGAACUGGCGGGAGUUAAUGUAACAUUGGAUUUACUUAACGAACAACUUGUACGACGUAAUUAUGGUGGAAUAGCAAUACUUGUGUGCUUCUCAGUAUUUGGACUCCUUGGCAACGUACAUGUGCUAUAUAUUUAUUCUAGGCAAUAUAAGAAAUCAAAUUACAGAAUAUUUGUCCUAUUUCUCGCCAUAUUGGAUGUCAUAAAUUGCACGAUUGUGGCGCCUCUAGUAAUAGUAUACUUAUUUUUUCCAUUGACUUUCCCAUCAGAUGCAUUCUGUAAAGUAUUUAGAACUAUUCUAUAUUUUGUUUCCAUAUCGUCAACGUUAUCGUUAGUUGCCAUAGCAAUUGACAGAUUUCGUAAAAUAUGCCAUCCGUUUAGAGAUCAAUUCGGGACUGGGCAGGUGAAACUUUUAUGUGUAGGAAGUUUAGUUGUUGGAGCACUAUUAACAUGGCCUGCACCAAUCUUGUGGGGUCUUAGUACCGUGCAGAGCGGAAUUCCAGGAGUAACUGGUCAAAGAUGUUUUACUUCUGAUAACUUCAAAAACUAUAAAAUAAAUUUUCAAGGUUUAUAUAAUGCCACGCUUAUUUUAUUUUACUUCAUUGUAUCUGGUACACUAGUCGUUAUCUAUAUUCAUAUAGGUAGAAACAUUCGUAUAAACAACAAAUUUAGAGACACUCAACGGCGAAAUACACUUAAAUCGGAAGAGGAAGUAGCAAAGGCUGCUGGGAAUAGUGCGCGAAAAUCAACAAUAACAUUGUGUGCAGUAACAAUUACCUAUGUACUUAGUGCUUUACCACACCAUCUCCUUGCUACGCUGAUAUUUCUUGUUCCGAACUUUGAUUGCAAUUUAAGUUUGUUAGGGUCGCAGCUGUAUUAUACUUUUAUCUGGUCAUAUUUUGUCAAUAGUGUCGUUAAUCCGCUUAUUUAUGGUAUUAGAGACCGGAAAUUCAGAUUUGCUGUAAAGAGAAUUUAUAGAAGGUUUGGAUCUGAAACUGAAACUCUAUCUACAUCUGGAUAAAU